UAAUAUUUUGAAAAUUUACUGAUUGCUUUUGCAUAAGAAUUUUGACUUCUGAGAGCCAUGAAUGAUGCUGCUGAUGAUAAAAGAGAUUGGCUCAAUAGUUAUGUGGAUCAGUCUGUAACCUUUAGCUCAUGGAGAAAGGUUGAAGCAAAGAUAAGCCAGAUUCUCAAGCAAAAUGUUGAAAAAAAGUUAAUGGAUCCAGUAAAUCGGCAAAUACUAUUUCAGAUUUUGGGUGAUGAUUUUGUAAAUAAAUAUUUUUCAAGUUAUACAAAUAGCCCAGCUGUAUUGGAUACCAUCCGCCAUGAUGAAAAGGAAAGGAAAUUUGUUGAAAUGAAAACUUAUGUUUCAUCUGUAAUUGCCAAUGCAUUACAGAAAAAUGGGCCUAAAAGUGAUUCUAAGGUCCAGUCUGACCUUUCUGCUUUCUCUCAAGAUCUUCAAAAUGUUGUUGAAAGUGAUAUACAAGAAGAAGUAGCUGAAACAAAAUCAAAGAAGAAAGCAAAAACAGAUAUACAUGAGAAGUAUUUGGCUGGUCUCUUAGCAAGUGAAAUGAAUGUCAUAGAAGAUUUGAUACCAAAAAUGGGCAGUCAACUUGUUGUUUUAUCUGACAAUCUACGCCAACUGAUUUGGCCUGUCUGUAGUGCAACAAAAGAAAAAUCCAAAAUCAAAAAGAAUUUUGAAAAAGUACAGAACAAAUUUACUCAGCUGUAUAGAAAAUCUGAUGUCAGUGAAGAUAACAAAAAUAUUAUUCCAGCUGUUAAUAAGGUAUUUGUGGAAUCCAAGUGCCUAGAAUCUUUAAAAUCUGAAGAAAAUAUUAAGCUCUCUGCAGUCAUCCUUAAAUUAUGUGAUAUAUAUGGCAGGAAAUUUCAAUUUCAGUUUGUGUAUUUUGCAAUUGUGGUUCAACAUCAGUUUUUGAAAGAUAAACAGAAAGCUUAUGAUCAAAAUUAUGGAUAUGCUGCUUUUUUCUUGGAACAGAUUUUACGUACUUGUGCUCCUAACUCCAAUCGAUGUACUAAAAUUGCAAAAAAAGUUUCUGAAAUAUUGUUGGAUAUGGACAAACAGUUGGAUGCCCAUAUUAAAGAAAAACUACUUAUGAAGCCCAAAGACCAAAAAGAUUACAAGGAAGACCAAUUCCAUGCAGGGAAAGCAGAAAAUAUUGAUUUUUAUUUAAACAAAUGGAUUUCUACUGCAUUUGUUGCUGUAUUGAAACCUAACUUGUUAUUUUUUAUUUGGGAUCAACUAUUUUACCACAAGUGGGAGAAUAAAAUCUUCCAAGACAUCUCUUUAGCUUUACUGGGACUUCUGAAACCUUGGUUCAUGGCUGCAAAGAAUCAAAAUGAUAUUCUGAAGGUGUUUCUUGAUGAACCUGGCUUUUUAUACUUCUUAGAUGUUCGUAAUGCUUUAUCUCAUAUUCAAAAAAGAGGCAACUUUCUUGAUGUCCCACCAAUGAACAGGAAUGUAAAAUACACUCAAGAACCUGUUGCUGUGCCUCCACCUCCUCCUCCACCACCACCACCAUUGCCACCAAAACCUCCUAGUCCUAAGCGUGUAAUUCCCGUUGCACCUCCUGUACCAAUCCCUGUUGUUCCUCCAAAGCUACCAGAACCACCUCCAAAACCUGUGAAGAUUGCUCCAAAGCUCAUACCAUGGGUUCCUUACAACAAAGAAAAAAUGAAAGAAAUAAGUUCAGUUAAAAGCAAAGUUGAUUUGCCAUUUGAUUUUUAUAUUGAUUCUGUUCGAUUUGUGCCCGAUAAUGGGACAAUUAUAAAAGUUACUGGAAAAGUUUUGAACAUGUAUUUAGGCCAGAAAGCGAAAUCAAUUAAGUUCCAGGCGUAUCCUGAACUUGAUUCUUUUUGUCGGUAUCCGAAAUACGCUUUCAAGCAAGCCAUCAAUCUUGAAAGUAUUCCCAUGAAUCCUGAUGUAGUGAUCAUGCUCAGAGUAUACACGGUGGAACAUCACUCCAAAAGUGUUAGUGUUUUGGGUUCUUGUCUGUUUGGUCCCUUUUCAAACAAGCAUGGCAAACAGCAGGCCACUUUGCGUGUAGGUGGACAUCAAAUACGUGUUAGACAUGGAAUACCUGACCCUGAUUUUGAUGUUGAACACAUGCUGGCAUCGCAUAUGGAUGAUAAUCCAAUCAUACCUGGUUUGACAAUACUUGUUCGAGUUCUUCCUCACUCAAAGGAUCCUGUUCCUGCUUCAGAGUAUGAAACCAACUGCUACCGAUCGGAGCUUGCGAGACCAAAUGAAUCUGAGAAUAGACUUUAUAAGCAUUAUCUAGAGUCUGAUGAUAUUGCUGUGACAGUGAGAGAUAAGGCCUUGUUACUGAUUGGACAAGCUUCAGCAAAUGACCCUACUUUGAAACAACUGAUCCAACAGCAGUUUCCUAAGGAAGGCUCUGAUGUGGAGGAUUUCCCUUAUCAACGAUAUGUACAUUACAGUAAUAAGCAACAUGGCAUGAUGGUACUUGUUGAUAAAGCAGCUGGAUUACCAUUAUUUCUGGAGGGAAGAUAUUUGCAGUGCCUUGCCCAAGUAUUUCCUGGAGAGGACACAAAAAUGGGAGAUGGCAAGUCUCAAGUUAUAAGUUUUGUUACGAAUGAGUUAGAACUGUCCAGUUCCCAGAGAGCACCUGACUGGUCAGAUCAACCUACGAAUGUCAAGCCAGAAUAUGACGACAGAGCCUUCAUUUUGGUUUCUUUGUAUGGUCUAAGACCCCGUUAUGAUUCUGCCAACCAAAGGUUACUCGACAGAGAAGGUAGAGAGCCUAGAUUCAAUUUACAACAAGCAAUAGCUUGGUCAGCUAUGCAUUGCUUCGACAAAGGUGCAGUGUAUGCCGGAAUUCACCAGAUUCCUCUUUUGAAGGGUAGACCUCCCGAUGACAUUCUUCAAAAACUAAGUUAUCUUCCUUUGGAUUAUAUAUGUAAGAAAUUUAAGAGUCAAGUGAAAGUGUUUGAAGCUGCAAGUAUUGAAGUAUCAGUAUGGGAUGGUCAUUUUACAAACAGUGAAUGCCCUCCUUUACCAGUUCACAUGGAUCUUCUUAAUAUUUCAAGCAACCCAUCCAGAUAUCUAAAAGCUGCAGAACACCCAUCAGGUGCUACUGUUGCAGAUCUGCUGAGGUUGGGACUGAAGAAUCCUUCACAAUUUAGUGCGUACAAGAAAAAGAUACUGGAACUUCUAAAAAUAGCUUUUAAAAGUAAUCUGGACAAUUCUUUGUUGAAAUCUGGAUAUUCUGCCACCAUUUAAGAGAUAUUUCAUUUUUGCAUAUUUCAUAUAAAUUGAAGAAAUUGCAUUUUGUAAUGAAUCUAUGCAU